AUGAAAGUGAUAAAAUGGACGGCAGAUUUUAAACCAGAAGUAGAAACAUCGAUUGUGCCAGUAUGGAUCUUAAUCCACCAACUUCCUUGGCAUCUUUUCAGAUGGGAUGUGAUGUCAAAGAUUGUUGAAUCUGUAGGUAUAGCAAUAGCACCUGAUCAAGCAACGUACUCCAAAACCAGAGGGAAUAUUGCUAAGCUUAAGGUAGAGAUCGAUCUAUUAAAGCCCAAACAAGACCAAAUUUGGUUGGGAUUCAAUAGAUUAGAAGGGUCUGAAGAUGGUAAAUGGCUAAAUAUCGAAUAUGAAGGGGUACCAAGUUACUGUAAAUUUUGUUUCCUUCAAGGCCACAUGGAGGAUCAAUGUAGAGUGAAAAAGGAAAGGGAAGACAAGAGAGGAAAAGGUACAAGACAAAAGUGA